AGUAUGUUUACUUAACAGUCACUUAAAAAAGUGUUACAAUCAUUCCCGGUCUCCCUUAUUUGCCUAUAUUUGCACUCAAUGUCCCUUGACGCACGCGAUUACGUAUGAGAUACAACAUCUCAAAAACAUGUUUGAGAUUAAAUAAAGCCAUAUAAAAUAAUGAAGUGUCAUAUAAUAUGAUAUAAUGACUUGUAAUAAACAUAUUUAAAUUCUGUCUGUCUGUUCUUCAAAGGUUUCCACUGUCCCCUAGCUCCUCCCUCUCUGUACCUUGUGACAAGCACAACUCAUCAACAGAGCAUAUGCGGAGCCGCAUUUAUCCGCUCAUUCUCCUCCUGUCAUUCCUCCUUCUAUCUUUGAUCAUUGUCCCGCCGCGCUCAGCCCAAACCCUCCUCACUCACCACGUCUUUUCAGCAUCUCUUUCUACUCCCCAACUCAUCAGAGGAGCUAAACUCCCGUGGAUUCUUUCAUUUGGAGUUUCUCGACAGCCGCACUUUUUUUCUGCAGGAGUGGUUUUUAUACUUUGAACUUACUCUUCUUCCCUUAGGUGACCAUGGCCGUACCGGCUGCUUUCAUGCCUUCGAUCUCCACUCCUUCCGCGACCACGUCCCCGCCGUCAACAACUUCGUCCCCGUCUCCCUCCGUGGGCCCCUCCGGCCAGAACCUGUUCCGCUCUGAGCUCCUCGCCACCAGUAGCCCCGGCAUCCCGACCCCGACCGGGACUCUGCCCAGCAAGCCAGUCUACUCGACCCCGUCGCCUGUUGAAAACACCCCGCAGAACAACGAGUGUAAAAUGGUAGAUCUGCGGGGGGCGAAGGUGGCGUCUUUCACCGUGGACGGCUGCGAACUCAUCUGCCUGCCCCAGGCGUUUGAUUUGUUUCUGAAGCACCUGGUCGGAGGACUGCACACGGUGUACACCAAGCUGAAGAGACUGGAGAUCACGCCGGUGGUGUGCAAUGUGGAGCAGGUCCGCAUCCUGCGAGGGCUAGGGGCCAUCCAGCCAGGAGUCAAUCGCUGCAAACUCAUCUCCAGAAAAGACUUCGAGACUUUGUACAAUGACUGCACCAACGCCAGCUCUAGACCAGGCAGACCUCCUAAGAGGACCCAGAGUGUGACAUCAUCAGAGAACCCUCACAUCAUGCCUCACUCUGUCCCCGGCCUCUUGUCCCCCGGAACCUUCCCAUCCUCAGGGCUGACAGCGGCAGCGGCGGCAGCUGCCACAGCAGCCAUCGUCGAAGCCAUGAAGGUGAAGAAGAUCAAGCUGGAGGUGAUGAGCGGCUACCACGGCAACGCCAACCAGCAUGGGGCAGACGGUGAGAACGGAGACCUCAGCUCCAGCGUGGGUUUGGAACUGCCCUUCAUGAUGAUGCCCCACCCCCUGAUCCCGUGCAGCUUGCCCCCUGCUUCUGUCACCAUGGCAAUGAGCCAGAUGAACCACCUCAGCACCAUCGCCAACAUGGCCGCCGUCGCACAGCAACAGAGCCUGCCCUGCAGAAUGGUCACCUCAGUCAUCAAGGACCAGGAUUGGGAAACACUGUUAUAUUCCAACAUGGCCGAUGUGGCACAGCAACAGAGCCUGCCCUGCAGAAUGGUCACCUCAGUAAUCAAGGAGCGUGUCCCAGACAGUCCCUCCCCCGCCCCCUCCUUAGAGGACGGCAGGAGGCCCGGCAGUCACCCGUCGUCCCACCGCAGCAGCAGUGUCUCCAGCUCGCCGGCCCACACAGAGAGCUCCUCAGACAGGAUACGUACGUCCCCCUAUUCCCUCCCCAUGCAACGAGUCAGACUGGCUAACUGCGUGUUCAGUUCCGCAACCAUACAUCAGAAUGGUCUUUCUAUGAACCAAAUGAACCAAGCUCUGCUGGGCCUCUCCCCUAGCAUUCUGCCUGGGCCUAAAGAAGGUGACCUGGCCCACGACAUGAGCCACGAAGCAAAGAGGAUGCACAUUCACAAAGAUGACAAUCCAAUGUGCACCCCAACGGCGAGAGACAGCUACGAGAGGCUGUCAUUGACUGGACAGGGUCUACCACCUGGCUUCCCUUCGCCAUUCCUGUUCCCAGACGGCCUGUCGUCAAUAGAGACUCUUCUCACUAACAUACAGGGCCUGCUGAAAGUUGCGAUUGACAACGCGCGGGCCCAGGAGAAGCAGGUGCAGCUGGAGAAGACGGAGCUAAAGAUGGAGCUGUUCAGGGAAAGAGAGCUCCGGGAGACCCUAGAGAAACAGCUCGCUAUCGAACAGAAGAACAGAGCAAUAAUCCAGAAGCGCUUGAAGAAGGAGAAGAAGGCUAAGAGGAAACUUCAGGAAGCUCUGGAGUACGAGUCCAAGAGGAGGGAGCAGGCCGAGCAGUCCCUUAAACCGCCCUCAUGCUCAGAAGGCCUGCGCUCACUCAAUGACUCACUGACCCCAGAGACGGAGAGUGACCGCAGCGCUGGAAGAACAGAUGCUGAGAGGACAAUACAAGAUGGAAGACUGUUCUUGAAAACCACAGUGAUGUACUGAUAAGAAGAUGAUGAGGAGAGCUAAAGGGGAAAUAAUCCCAUGAAGAUUCUCAAGAGCCCUUAUCCAGGCAGAUUUAGUAGCAGAAACAGGUCUCACUGUGUGUACUGUAACAGUUCAAUGGAAGUGUGUUUGGCCAAACGCCAGAGAAGGGUUGUGUCUGAAUGUAGAAUUAGAAUACUUUUUCUCACAGAUAUCAACAUAAUAUAGUCGCUAAAGCAGGUUUUGAUGCAUUGAGGUUGGUUGUUUUCUAAGGAUAAAGACAUUUUUAGCACAGUAUAAAUGUACCAAGGGGUACACUGUUGGUAAUAUCUCAAAUAAAUUCACAGUACUGAAGACUUUUUAUACUGUAUUUCAACCAGCGAGAAAGCUUUGAACAUGGUCAGACUCAGAGGUUUUGUUUUGUAUUUCAAGUUUAAUUCCAAGAUGUUAAAAAAUAUAAAGCUUGGAAAGAACCUGUGAAAAAAUAUAUAAUUUAUCUGUAUGUUGAUCAAAAGAGACGACUGAGAUUUGAUUUUAAUGUUUUCUAAAUUAGAAGAAAAUACUAUCAAGUUUCCUUUUUACUAUUGUUGUAUAUACCCGAACUGAUGAUAAUGAUAGGAUAACUCACUCUAUCAAAAGCCGACUUGAUUAAUAUGUUAUAUGUAUAUAAAGUUAAGAGGUGGUAUUUGGUAUGCAGUAGAUCUAUUAGGAAGACAAUACCGACAUUUACACUACCGGUUAAACGUUUUAGAACACCUCCACAUUCAAGGGUUUUUCUUUAUUUUUACAAUUUUCUACAUUGUAGAAUAAUAG